GGGAGAGGCGCUUGCAGCAUAUCCCGAGAAACAGAACGAGUGAAAUGAUGAAGACCUUACUGACUGUGUUAACCGUCUCCCUGUUCUACCUGUGUGUGGCUGAGGUAAGUCAGCUGGACGGCCAAGCAGGAGAAGCCAAUCCAACUGAGAGUCCCGUCAUCGUUUCAGCCUGUCCAUGUGCUGAAGACACAGCAGAGAACGAGAAAAACUACAUCCAACUUGCUUUAAUGUUAAAAGGACUGGAGGCCAAGCUGAAGGACACUGAGAAGCAGUUUGAGAAAAAGCUGGCGAAUCUGAGGUCAGAGAUCCAAGGCAGUCGAGUGGCAUUUGGUGCAUCCAUCAGCAAUGUUGGAAAUAUUGGACCAUACAAUACAGAGAUCACACUGCUCUACAGGAAUGUCUACUUUAACUCAGGCUCUUACAACCCUGCAACAGGUAUUUUCACUGCUCCGGUCAGAGGAGUUUAUUACUUCAGCUUCUCUGGUCAUAAUAUGUCAUCUAGACCGAUGGGGCUGCGACUGAUGAAGAAUGGAGAGCAGAUGGUGACAGUGUACAACCAUCCUGCUGAACAACGCUAUGACACAGGCACCAAUGGCAUGACUCUGCAGCUGGCUGCAGGAGACCAGGUGUACAUGAGGCUCCGUCCGGACACCUGGAUUCAUGAUAAUAACAACAACCACAGCACCUUCAUCGGUUAUUUGUUAUUCCCUCUGUGAGCUCAGACAAGCAUGAUUUAAAUAGCAAAUGAGUAAACAGAACAAUAUUGACAUGCAGGGUUUGGGUGAUUAUUUUUGGUGGUGACAGAGGUGGCAGGGUUACAGUAACAAUCUACAGCUUUAGAACUUGGUGGUGGUGUCAGAAUUAAAACCAGUAUUUUAUAGGAGUUUGUGUCUCAAUGGAACAAUAAAGUCUGAAUACGUGCAGCAAGUUCACUUCUCCUUUUUUUUAGUCAGGAAGGCUCCUCUGGCUCAUUUUAAGGUAAACGUAGAUAUAUAUAUUUGUGUAUAUUUGAUGUCUAGAAGUGAUUUCUCAGUUAUAAUUAAUAAAAGAGGUAUUCUGAU